AUGUCUGAGAAGGUGGCAUCCAUCACUCAGGAUGUCCAGUCCACCGGCUCGGGGAAGACAGAGAAACAGCCACUGAGAGAAGACCCCUCUCUCGAAGUCUCCCCGCUGCCCGAGGACUGGACCGAGGCGGAGGAGAAGGCCCUGGUGAAGAAGCUCGACGUCCGGAUCAUCCCCAUGAUGGCGAUCGUGUUCGCUCUCUCGUUGAUCGACCGAGCCAACAUCUCCGCGGCGUACAUUUCGGGCAUGAAUGUCGAUCUCGACCUGACGACAGGCAAUCGCUACACGGUGACCCUCCUGGUGUUCUUCCCAACCUACGCUCUCUUCGAGUUCCCCUCCAAUCUGAUCAUUCGCCGCGUGGGCGCCAGACUCUGGCUCGGUUUUCUCGUGAUGAGCUUCGGCGCUGUGGUGUUCGGAAUGGGUUUCGUCAAGAAUUGGAGAGUCCUGGCUGUCCUCAGAGCACUGCUGGGAGCCGCCGAGGCAGGCCAACUGCCCGGUUGCGUCUACCUCGUUGCCAGUUGGUAUCGGACGUUCGAGAUGGCGAGCCGCAUCUCCAUCUUUUACAUGUGCUCGGUAUUGGCACUCGGCUUUGGUGGACUGAUCGCGUACGGCUUUCAGCAGAUCAGUGUUGGGGACGGCAUGCUCUCUCAAGGGUGGCGUUGGAUCUACAUUAUCGAGGGGAUGAUCACGGUGGUGGCUGGCGCUGCGUGCCUUUUCACCGUGCCUCAAUUCGCCGAAAAGGCUACCUGGCUCACAGAUCGCGAGAGGUACAUUGCGAAGGAACGCCUCAUUCGUGACCGAGGCGAGAAGGAGUAUAAGAAGGUAUCAGCCUGGGAAUCAGCGAAGCAUCUCCUGGACCCCAAGCUUCUUGUCCUCUCAUACAUGUAUCUCGCCACGUCGUCGAGUGCCUACUCCAUUAACUUCUUCUUUCCGAUCAUCUUGACUCAGGGUCUCGGGUUCAAGUACACCACGUCCUUGAUACUGACAAGUACACCAUACUUCUGUGGCAUCAUAGCAGGCGUCACUUUGGCCUGGAUCUCCGACAAAUACCGUACUCGCUAUCCCAUAAUCCUGGUGCAGACAGCUUGCUGUAUCAUCGGACUCUUCAUCAUCAAUCUCGUGGAUGCACCUGGCGUGCGCCUCGUCGGGAUUUUCAUCACGGUUCUCGGUGUCCAGAACAACGCGUAA